CUGGAAAAGAUGCCUCUCCAGUCCACUUUGUCCGGUAAGGGCUCCUCCGGAUCCUUCCAGGCCGAGAACACACAAUCGGGUGGGAAGUCGUUUGAGGAGCUGAGGCAGGAAUGUCUGCGCAAGGGCGUCCUGUUUGAGGAUCCAGACUUCCCCGCCACCGACUCAUCGCUCUUCUUCAGCCAGAAGGUUCCUGUUGAGAUUAAAUGGAAGAGGCCCAAGGAGCUCUGCGCCAACCCAAAGUUCAUCGUUGGAGGUGCAGACAGGACAGACAUUUGUCAAGGACAGCUCGGGGACUGUUGGCUCCUGGCAGCUAUUGCAUCCUUGACUCUCAAAAAAGAAGCCCUGGCACGAGUUGUCCCUCACGACCAAGAAUUCGAUCACAAUUAUGCCGGCAUCUUUCACUUCCAGUUCUGGCAGCACAACAAAUGGCUGGAUGUUGUGGUUGACGACAGACUGCCGUCGGUGAGAAAUAAACUCAUCAUGCUUCACUCCGCCUCCAACGACGAGUUCUGGAGCGCCCUGCUGGAGAAAGCCUACGCCAAAAUGUAUGGCAGCUACGAGUCCCUGAAGGGCGGCAGCACAAUGGAGGCCAUGGAGGAUUUUACCGGCGGUGUGGGGGAAUGUUAUGAAACCAAGAGCGCUCCAGAAAACCUGUUCAACAUCAUGAAGAAGGCCCUGGACAGAGGCUCUAUGUUGGGAUGCUCUAUUGAUAUCACAAGCUCUGCUGAGUCUGAGGCUAAGACGACCACCGGCCUGGUUAAGGGACAUGCAUACUCCAUCACAGGCCUGGACGAGGUGAAUUUCAGAGGUAAGAUGAUUCAGCUGAUCCGAAUCAGGAACCCUUGGGGUCAGGUCGAGUGGAAUGGUCCCUGGAGUGACGAUUCCAGAGAGUGGACUUAUGUUGACAAAGCGGAAAAAACUCGCCUCCAGCAGGAUACAGCAGACGAUGGUGAAUUCUGGAUGGAGUUUGAGGACUUCAAGAGGAACUACGACAAGGUGGAGAUCUGCAACAUGACCGCUGACUCCCUGAUUGAAGACACAAAGCACGUAUGGGAGACCAACGUGUUUGAAGGAAACUGGAUCCGCGGCUCCACCGCUGGAGGCUGCAGGAACUUCAUCGACACAUUUUGGACCAACCCGCAAUUCAAGCUGCAGCUAGUGGAUACUGAUGAUGAUAACGACAACUUGUGCAGCGUAGUGAUCGCUCUGAUGCAGAAGAACAGACGAAAGCUGAGGAAAGAAGGCCUGGACAUGGAGACCAUCGGCUUUGCAGUGUAUGAGGCUCCAGAUGACGAGGACCACCAGGGGAAAGAUUUCUUCCGCUACCAAGCGUCCAAGGCUCGCAGCAAAACAUACAUCAACGUGCGGGAGGUGUCGGAGCGUUUCACGCUGCCUCCUGGGAAAUACCUGCUGGUCCCAACAACCUUCCAGCCCCACAAAGAGGCCGACUUCCUCAUCAGGAUCUUCUCUGAGAAGAAGGCGGACGCUCUGGAGAUGGGGAGCAAGGUUGAUGCUGACCUCCCAGAGCCGCCCAUGCCCAGCCUUCCAGAGGAGGAAACAAAAGAGGAGAAGGGCCUGAGGAGGCUGUUUGACCAGCUGGCGGGUCCGGACCAGGCUAUCUCCGUCAAUGAGCUUCAACAGAUGCUGAAUGGCGUUCUGAGCAGACGAAAAGAGAUCAAAUUUGAAGGCCUGAGUCUCGGCACCUGCCACAGUAUUAUCAACCUGAUGGACGUGGACAACACAGGCAAGAUGGAGUUCCAAGAGUUUAAGGUCUUCUGGGAAAAGAUGAAGAAGUGGAUUAUGCUUUUCUUGACCUUUGACACGGACCGCUCAGGGAAGAUGUCGUCCUACGAGCUUCGCAGUGCUCUCAAAGCCGCAGGCAUGCAGCUGAACAACCAGCUCCUGCAGCUGAUUGGCUUGAGGUUUGCUGACGACAAAUACGAAAUCGACUUUGACGACUACCUCACCUGCAUCGUCCGGCUGGAGAAUAUGUUCCGAGCUUUCCAGGCUAUGGAUAGUGGAGGGAAGGGACGUGUGAACAUGAACCUCACGCAGUUCCUGAUGCUGACGAUGAAUGUCUGAGAAGAAGCUCAAAGCAAACAGAAGCCAAGAGAAGAACAAAUCACAACGGACUGUCUUGGGGUGCAGUGUGUUGAAUACUCUGGCUACAACAGAUGCAUACAAACAUUUUCUUUUUCUCAAAAUCUGUUUUUGAGCAAAUAAUGUCACAUACUAUCUGCAGUAUAGUGUUAAAAUAUGGGAUAAGAAGUUUAAGUUUGUUGACUUCAUAUUGUUUUAUUUUCUUUGCUCUCUGCAUGAAUGAAUAUAUACAUUUUGAA